AUGCAGCUUCGACCCAACCCGCCAACACAGAACACGUUCCGUUUACUAUUCACACAUUCUCGUUCUUGCCAUUUCACCGAAUCAAGUUCCCAUUACAAGAAGAUUUUCUUUUCUCAUUCCUUGUUUUUCCUGGAUAUUGCCGGGAAUAUAAAAUCCCUAAAUUCAUUGCCCUUCUGUUCCCUCACAAUUCGGAAUUCUCAUUCCAUAAUUCAAUUAUAUCUCUUCCAAUAGGAGAUUAUGAUGGAUAUUUUUCUCGCCGCCGAUGGGGUAACGAUAGCCACACAGCAAGGGGUAGGGAUUGCGAAUUCGCAUCUCCAACGCCAAAAUUUAAUCUCUAAUUGCAAUCUCACUCUCUCCGCCAGAGUUCUGCAAACGUACACCGUUAUUUUCGAUGCGCUGGCUCCUCCGCCUGUCAAACCUAACUCGUACAAAACAACUCGCCGGACUCUUCUUCGCAAGAAACGGCGAACUAGGCGGAGAUCGGGCAGCGGCGGAGAUGAGGACGGCAGCGAAGAUUUCGGAUUCUUUGGUGGUGAUGGUGACGGUGAUGGCCCGUUUGGUGGAGCUGGUGGAAGUUGGGGCGGAGGUAGAGGGUGGAAUUUCGAUAGAUUUGGAGGCCAAAAUUGGGACGAGUCAUCAUGGUCAUCGUCUUCAAGGUUUGCUUAUGGAUUCGUUUAUGAAGUGAUUUAUUGGAUUGCCCUGUCGACUUGCAUGCAUUUUGCGUUCGAGAAGGCUGUGAGGAUCAUUGCAGGUGGGAUUGCUGAUGCUGCGAGAGCGAAAAUUCUUAUUAGAUUCACUUCGGCAUCCUUAUUUGGUAACUGAUAUUUGAAAUUUGUGAAUGGGGGGAAUUGGGGUAAUAGAAAUUGUAUUUAAUUGGAUAAUUGAUUGGUACCAUAAACUACUCGCUUUAGCUUUCUUUCACAGAUAAAUGUACAUAUUGUGUAUAUAUAUAUAUAUAUAUACAUACAUAUAUUAAUCCACAUUGUUUCUCUGAA